AUGUCCAGACUCCCCGAUAUCUAUCGUGCGGUCCAUGCAUUCCUGCUUGAACAGGGCCACACCAAGGCAGCUCAGGCGGUAAGGAAAGCUGCUCUUCCCGUUGUCGAUGUCGAUGCUGCCUCGGACACCACCCCAAAAUCGCUAGUCGAGGUCUAUUCGACUCAGGCUCCAGUGCCCAGCGGCAAUCCAAACGAGUCUGUGGAUCAUAGUUCCAGUUCAGAUGAUUCAUCCAGCUCCAGUAGCGAGGAUGAAGCAGUGGCGAGUCCCAAAAAGGUCUCUAUUGUGGACAGGAACAAACCCGGAGCCACAAACGGAGCCGCCAAAGCCUCCGCCAAAACAGCCAAGGACUCGAACGAGUCCAGUAGCUCAGAGGAUGACUCUAGCGAAGAAAGUUCCAGUUCCAGCUCCAACGACUCCAACGACUCUAGUGACUCCGACUCUAGUGACUCCGACUCGGAUUCCAGCUCGGAUGAAGGAGACGAAAACGAGGCCAAAUCUCUGCCCAAACCCGCUGUCGAUUCCAAGGUGAAACCAGCCACCAACGGGGUAGCCAAGCCCACUGUCAACGGUAAAUCCAAGGCCAAAGAGUCCGACUCUUCCAGCGGUUCGUCCAGCCCAAGCUCUUCUGAAGAGUCCGAGUCGUCUUCAGAAGACGAUUCGGGCUCUGAAUCCAGUUCUGAAUCUUCCAGCUCCGAGUCCGAAUCCGAGUCUGAACCCGAAACCCAACCCGCUGCUAAAAAACGAAAAGUCGAUGCUACUUCGUCCGUCCCUGUUCCAGCUACGACAACUACCAAGACCAAAACUACUACUGUCGCUACUACCCCCGAGACCGUCACUCUCACCAAAAGCACCACUACAUCGACCACCACGUCUACAGACGGCACAAAUGGCAAGAAUGGCAAGCAGAAAGGCCCCCGAAAGCCCGUCGUUCCAUUCUCGCGAAUCAAGGCCGAUGAUGUUGUCUAUGCAGACCCGAGGUUGAUGAACAACAGCUUUGAUAGCAAGGGCGGUACCAUUAAUGACUAUGGUGAACGCGCCUCAAGAGAUCUUAUAGUCACCCGCGGGGCCGGGUUUAGGAAAGAAAAGAACAAGAAGAAGAGAGGCAGCUACCGGGGUGGGGAAAUCACGUCCGGGCUGGGGGAAGGGUUCGGAGUCAAGGGUGGAACUGGAUGGACGAUCCCAACCCCCGCCCUUAUAUCUUUCGUCUGUACUGCCGAUCUGCUAACGCGCGUUCCCACCUCAGAUGCAGAGCCAUUCCAUAAAGUUCACUUAGAUCUACGGUGCAUCAGGGGCGUCGGGUUUGCUAUAUCCACGUAUGGUGCCAAGUAG